UAAGUAGAUUAUGAAUAAGACAAGUAUCGUACUGGUAGCUUUGGUCAGUAUUUUGAAGAUAAAAGUGAACGAGGCUUCUCAGUGCGUUGCAAGGCAAUCAGAAAGCAAUGUCUUCUUGUACGGAUCGCUGAUCGAAUCGUUCAAGGUGGACACUCUUUCAACGUGUACCUCGAGAUGCAAGCAGAAUAAGGUUUGUUCAAGCAUCAAUAUGAACCUGAUGAACAUGAAGUGUGAUCUAAACUACUCUACGAAGAAAAGAUUACCAAAGAACAUGGCCAGUCAACCAAGUAUGGUCUACAUGGAGAUACGGGAUGAUAACGCUACUCCAGGUACUAGGCAAGAUAUACCAACCACAUCUUGUAAGAAGCUCAAAGCGGAUGACAGCCUGUCAAAGUCAGGUGUUUACUGGAUGAAGUUGAAUGAGCCAUCCUCUGCGCCAUUCCAGGUGUUCUGUGACAUGACCACCGAUGGAGGAGGCUGGACCCUCGUCUAUAGUUAUACAUUCACUCGGUACAGUUCCUUUAGGACACCUGCGAACGCAGUCACACCAAUACCAAACUGGCCUGUUAAUCGGUCCCCUAGUGGUUCGGUGCCUCAGUCUACGAAAACCCCGCUCAGCGAGUCUUCUCGUUCGGCUAUGGAUUUUUCUCUGUGGAAGAAGAUUGGUAAAGAGUUUCUCAUCAAGUCCAAUAUAUCAAACUGGGUAGCCUGUGUAGAAGGAACCGGAAAUUUUGUGAACUGGGUAGCAGGAAGUCUGACCUGUAGAGUUGUCAAGGCAAUUACUUUACCUUGCACAACUAUCGCCCCAAACACACUUGGUUUUGGUGGCUGUGGACCAAUUCUCAAGAAGGAUGAUAAAUUGCAAUACUUUUUUGAAGGACGAACCGACCUUUGCUGGCCUGUCCAUGAUCCCUGUGGUACUAGCCCCUCUUCAUCCAAUCACAAGACGAAUGUUGCUAACCCUGGUGGAGCGGUGUAUAUCCGAUAAAUCCUUAGGACCAAAAGCCGUCAUGCCAGCGAUGAUGUACCAGUGUCUUCCUUUUGACCAGUCAUUACCUAUCUUUCAACUCGUCUAUUUUGGGACCGACCAGCACUGCCAAUAUCACCGAACGUUCUUUGUUCCAUUCAUGUAUG